AUGUUUGACUCGACUAAAGGCGCAUUGCUAGUGGCGCCAUCUCUUGCUAACAGCUCUUGCAGCUUAAACAAUGGUUGGCCUUCAACUUUUCCAGCUACUGAGGAUAUUUUGAAGGCACUCUUCAUAUUUGCCCUUUCGAUGGCCAUAGUAUUUGGUAAUCUUGUACUGAUAUGUGUAUUGAACAAUCGAAGAUAUAUCAAGUAUAUUGAUAAUCAGCCCAGAUAUCUCCUGACGUCAUUAGCUCUAAACGACUUAUUUACGGGGAUACUUAUAGCUCCUGUGGCUCUGUUGCCGGCAUUGUACAAGUGUUGGCCAUACGGUGAAAUAUUCUGUCAAAUACAGGCACUCUUGAGGGGAGCAGUGAGUCAACAAAGUGCCAUUAUUCUUGUCUGUAUGGCAAUAGACCGAUAUUUAUAUUUGUUACAUCCACACACUUAUCAAAAACAUUCUAGUAAAAAGGGUUGCGUAUUAGUAAUAAGUAUUACUUGGAUAUUAUCAGUCUCUCUAUUCGCCGUUAUGGUCCUACCAAGAUCUGGGUACUACUUUAAUUCAACAGGUUUAAUGGCCUGUGAUGUUUUUCACAGUAGAAUAGCGUUCAGAAUUUUGGCGUGUUGUACUUAUUAUUUUCCAACCACAAUGGCUUUGAUGUAUUGCUAUGGAUCAGGAUUUCAUGUCAGUAAAACAAAAAGUAAAUGUAUUCAGGAUCCAAGAUCCAACGGAAUGCCAGUGUCAUGCGCAAAAAGUAACAUUAAUGAAUUAGAAACGAUUCAAAUACAAUCUCAAGUUAGAACACACAGCGUGAGUACCUCACGAACAAUGGCGGCAAUGUCCCUGGGAUUUAUUGUAAUGGUAACCCCCGCUACAAUCCAAGAAGUUGUAGCUGCAUGCACUGGUUGCAAGGUACCGCCGAUUCUAGAUUUUUUGGUUACUUGGUUAGCAUUAAGUGAUAGUUUCUGGAACCCAUUUCUGUAUUGGCUCUUAAAUAGCCAUUUUAGAAGAAUAAGUAAUGAAUUAAUUCAAUACUAUGUGUGCUGUCGGAAGAAGAUUAAAUCAUUUCAACAUUUUGAGAAAAAUACUGGUUGUUGUGGAUCAUCAAUAACGUCAGAUGGUUUGCAUUCAAAAGGAGAGUUUGAAGGUCUUGGAGAAAAGUACUGGGGUGAAAUACUUGAACGGACUGUCUCCUCAAAUUCUCUGCAUGCAAUCCAGAAGGCAUGUCAUAGGGAUCCUUUAAGAUGCACUGGAUCAUUCAAAGGCUACACCAGAACUUGUAAACAUGACACGAGAUUUUUUGAUGGUUAUGGUCCAAACGAUUACAGGCAGCUAGAUAGAUCAUUCCAAAUGGAACCAUGUUCUAGACAGUGCAGUAGACUGAAAAGCUCAGAAUUCUGUUUAUUUAGACCUGGUCUGGAAUGUAAUCGCUCCAGAUCUAAUUUAAGCUUAGAUGAAGGCAAUUUUACCAAAGUCUGUAACGGUAGGCAUCCAGAAUUAUGA